AUGGCGUAUAAUCUACGAUCAAGAAUUGACAAUGAGCUGAUGCCCGAUGAUAGAGAAACAUUUGGCGGCGAGCAAUCCGAAGAUGAAGGAGACAAUGUUUCAGAACAAUCAGAGUUCAGUUCAAAGUCAGAGCCAAGUGAAGAUGAAGAUUUAGAGAAUGUGACUUUGAAUCAAAGAAUUCUGGAGCAGCGUGAACAAGCUAGAGGCCGCCCAACAACAACAUUACGCAGUAAAAAUGGGACAAAGUGGAGCACUAAGCCGCGCACAAGAGUAUCAGAUCGAAUGUCGACAGAAGAGAGAAACCCUGGGCCUAGAAACGGAGCUGAAAACUGUAAAAACGUUGCUGAAUUUUGGGAGCUACUUUUCAAUCAAGAACUCCGAAAUAAAAUCGUAGAGUACACCAACAAGCAAAUUCAACACGUAUGUGCACAAAUGAUGGCAGAAGGCAAAGCAAUGCAAACGUUUCAUUAUGAAACUGACUUGGUAGAAAUGAAUGCGUUCAUAGGACUGUUGUACUAUUCUGGAAUGUGGAAGGCCAGUCAUGUAAGCAUAAUAGAAUUAUGGGCUAAAGAGAAUGGCAACACUUUCUAUCACUGCACUAUGCCGAAAAAUCGGUUUGAAUUUUUAGCAUCAACUUUACGUUUCGAUGUGAAAGAAAAUCGAUCGAAAAAUGAUAGAUUCUCAGCUAUUAGAGAGUUGUGGGAAAUGUUCAUCAAAAAUUGUCAACAUUACUAUGAGCCCAUUAAUACGAUGACGGUAGAUGAGCAGCUUUUAUCGUUCCGCGGUUGCUGUCUAUUUCGCAUUUAUAUAAAGUCCAAGCCAGACAGAUAUGGUUUAAAAAUAAUUACUCUGAAUGAUGCUCAGACGUACUAUUUAGUAAAUGGCAUUCCUUAUUUGGGGGAGACUGGUCACCCGAAAACUGAGUCAUCAGGGGAAUUUUUUUUUCGAAAAGUUACCGCGCCAAUUCACGGUCGGUUACGUGCGAUAAUUAGUUUACAAGUGUUCCUCUAUUGA